AUGCGCGCCUGGCUCGUCGCGUGUGCGGCGCUGGCGCUCGCGCUCGCCGCCACGCGCGCAGCGGCCGCCGCCACCUCGCGCGGCGCGCGCGACCACGCAGCGCACCACAACCACCACCCGCACCCGCCGCCGCCAGACCCGGCCACCCUCGACCACAUCAAGUCACAAAUACUAGCCAAGCUGGGGCUGUCGACGCGGCCGACGCCGCUGGGCGCGCCGCCGCGGGACGUGGUGCGGCAGAUCCUGGCGCGUGCCGCCGACCCGCGGCCGCCGCCGCCGCCCCAGGACGAGCCCAGCAUGCGCGAGAUCAUCGCCAUCGCUCAUAGAGGUCAAUGGAGCGUGGGUACUGCCCUGUGACGUGUCCCGGUGGUGCAAUCAAGUCAUAUAGCUCCGUACGAAUCCUGCUCAUCCGGGGAUGUAAUUUCCUACACUCGAUCUACCUACUUCAUUCUAGACUCUAUCACUGUUUCAUGGAGGUGCAGAACCUGUAUCGCUCAGGACUGAUCCCGUCCCAGUCCCCAUUGCCGUGACACAAAUAUCUAUCUUAUAUACAUCACAUCAUUAUUAGAAUGACAAAAAGCAAAAGUUUUGCAAAGUUUAACGCCACAGGACUUUAUUUAGAUUCUACUUUUACCUUUUCGUAGACUCAGCAUAAUGCUAUGUAGAACAUUUUUUGAAAACUUUGAACCUCUGAAUAAUUACUUUGUUAAAAGAAUGAUGAUGUAUAUCAACUUACUUCUUGGUGGAAAGAAAUAAAAUGAAAAGUAUAUAUAUAUAUAAGUAUAUACGUAUUAUAAUUUUAAAAAUCAGGUUUACUCUGUGGUGCUACUUUAUCUAAGAUCACGCACAACUAGGUAGUUACUGUUAAUAAGUACAUAAUUACCUUUGACAAAUAACAGACAACUUUAGGAGCAAACAAUAACCUACAUGUGUAUAUAAACAUAAACAGCCUAUCUUCUUCCCACAGCUAGGUACAGAACAUGCCUCCCCUAAUCCAACCGGAGGGGGCAUGGAUUAUACUCCACCAUGCUGCUCCACUCCGGAUUGGUGGAGGCGACUGCAAUUGUAAUUAUGUAUAUAAAGACAUGAAAAGCAAGUAAUCUGAUUAGACAUCAUUUAAAAUAAACUUAAACAUGUGGUGCUAAACUGGAUAGGAAUCUACGUGCGUAGGUAUCACAUUUCUUCCAAAGUUCCAAAGUUGAAAGCACUUUUACAAACUUCAUAUUUCUUAUUGUAUCGUUAUUAUUAAUACAUUUUAUUGUACUUGGUAUCCUUAUACAUAAAUAAAUUAAAUUCUACUUAUCAA